CAGCGCUGCGCCCCCGCCGGCACGAUGCGAGCCGCCCGCUGCCUGACUCUGGCUGUAGCCGUGAUGCUGCUGUGCCGCCCCGCCGCGCCCUGGUACCGGCAGGCGGCCGCUCCGCUCUCCUACCCGGUGGGCAGAGCCUCGGGGCUGCUCUCCGGUCUCCGCCGCCUGCCCUACAGCCGCCGCUCCGACAGCAGAGGUGCCGCUGCUCCGCUCCGCACCGCGGUGCCGUGUGUGAUGGAUGUGGACCCCAAGCUACGGAGCUGUCGGCUGCUAUCGGGAGUCCCCGGUGCUCUGCAGUGCAGUGUGGCUGUAACCGUGUCCUUGGGCUCCACAGAGUGUGGGGGGGCCUGAGGUGGCACGGUGACUAUAGUGACAAUAAAUGCACGUGGAAUGGAAA